AUGAUGUUCCCCGGCCUCCUCGCGCCCCCCGCCGGGUACCCCAGCCUCCUGCGUCCCACGCCCACCUUAACGCUGCCCCAGUCCUUACAGUCGGCAUUUUCCGGCCAUUCGAGCUUCCUGGUGGAGGAUCUGAUUCGCAUCAGCCGGCCCCCCGCCUACCUGCCCCGCAGCGUGCCCACAGCAAGCAUGUCGCCCCCUAGACAGGGGGCCCCCGCGGCACUCACCGACACCGGAUCCUCGGACCUGGGCUCCCCGGGUCAGGGCAGCCGGCGGGGCGGCUCGCCGCAGACCGCCGUCUCCCCUGCCAGCGAACCCACGUUUCUGAAGUUUGGGGUGAACGCCAUCCUCUCCUCAGCGCCCAGAACCGAAACAUCCCCCGCCUUGCUCCAGAGCCUGCCUCCCAAGACCUUCGCUUUUCCCUACUUUGAAGGCUCCUUCCAGCCUUUCAUCAGAUCUUCUUAUUUCCCAGCGUCCUCCAGCGUCGUGCCCAUCCCCGGGACCUUCUCCUGGCCGCUGGCCGCCCGCGGCAAGCCUCGACGGGGCAUGCUGCGUCGAGCCGUGUUCUCCGACGUGCAGCGAAAGGCGCUGGAGAAGAUGUUCCAGAAGCAGAAGUACAUCAGCAAGCCCGACCGCAAGAAGCUGGCGGCCAAGUUGGGCUUGAAAGACUCACAAGUCAAAAUCUGGUUCCAGAACCGACGCAUGAAGUGGCGGAACUCCAAGGAGCGUGAGCUCCUGUCUAGCGGGGGCUGCCGCGAGCAGACCCUUCCCACUAAACUCAAUCCGCACCCGGACCUCAGCGACGUGGGCCAGAAAGGCGCUAGAGAUGAAGAGGAGGCAGACGAGGGAAGGGGUAGCCCCCGCCCCCGCCUGGCCUAUCACGUGUCCCCUGACCCUCGGCACCGGCGGGACCCCAGGCUCGAAGGGCCGCUGCCCGCCUCGCCCGCGCACUCGAGCAGCCCGGGUAAACCUUCGGACUUCUCCGACUCCGAGGAGGAGGAGGGGGGCGAGGAGGAGGAAAUCACCGUGUCUUAGAACCCCUCCCGCGCCCGGGGGACCGCCUGAAAAGUGCUUUUAAAUUGAAGAGGUGGGAUUCAGUCUGCGUGUUCACUGAAAACGCCGCUGCCCAGGCGCUGCCGCUGUGGAACCGUCAUCUCGUCAAGGAUGUCCAAGCCCUUUCCCUUGCCCCAGACGGCAUUUGCUUCGCCCACACCACAUCCCAACAGCCCACUACACAGAAACAUUACAUUUAGGCCUUGGUCCCAAGCCUUAUCUUUUCUACAGGGACUCCGGUCUUGAUUGCAAGCUGGUUUAAACACAGCGGGGUGUUCACCCCCAAGAUUGAGCUGAGCUGUGAGCCAGGCCCUACUGGUCUUUAGUAAUCACAACCUUAACAGGUAGGAAACCUUUCGUGGAGGAGGAAACCGAGUUAGAAGUCAUAAAAUCAAGCAUGUAUGUACUUCCAGGGCCCCUGAGUUCCUAGAUCCCUUUGCCUCCCUAUCUUAGGCAGCAAGAGCCUCCUACUCAACUCCAGACUCUGGUAACCCUGUCUUCAGAGCAGUGCCCUCAGAAAGCUCAAGAAUUUCAAAAAAGAAAAAAAAUAUAUCUGCGUCUUCUAGUCUCAGGCACAAAAUAAACAUCGAGUCUUUUCUGUGAUAUUCUAAAUAAUCUCUAGGCAAAGGAGUGAGUUCUCUAAAAGGUAGGAAGAGACAGUCUGUUUCUGUAUGUGUGUUUUAAAGCUUUUUCUUCGUAUUUUCUGCAUCCAUAGAAUAUGGACCAGGCACUCUACCUUGUGCUCUUUUAUUAUUUCUGGAGAGGUUUCAUGACCUGCUCUUGAAACAUUGGGCAUGAUGUGAACAGAGAGACCCAUAAGCCUCUUUGAUUUUUUUUUUUACUGAAUUUUGCUGUCUUUGCACAGCUUUUAUGAACUGUACACUAUUUUGUACACAUGUUUUGUAUGGAUAUUUUAUACCAAGAUUAUCGAGAAUGACUUAUAAAGGACUGA